UUCCCUCUAUCACCCGAAAUAGUAAUAAAAAACAUAACAACGCUUGCGUCGUCGGUCGUGCCGCAACACAAGGCCGCCUACUACAAGCGAUCCCCCCCAUUUCCUUUCCUAAUCUGAGACCAUAUCUCUUGCCCAAAGCUCAGAAGAUGUGCCAUUCAAAAUCUGUAGCGGCAGCACUGAAUCAGCCCAUAAUAAUUUAGCACUUCAUCUCCGCCUCUAUACACUAUUAUUUGUACGUUCGUCUGUAUUAUAUGAUGCUCAUCUUCUAGAUUCUCUUUGCUGACUUCGGGCAUUUUCUCACAACGAUGCUUUGCAGUACAUAUAGCAAAAAGCCAGAGACAGCUUCAUUUCUCCAUGCGCCACAUCGCAUCAUCCUACCUCUUCCCUUUUUUCCCGUCUCUCGUCGAAAUUACUGCAAUGCCAGUUGCGAGAUCUCUUUCAAAUCGGAUAUCAGAUAACAAUCCGUUUCAUUUUUUUAUCAAGAUUUAUUUAUUAUAAGGUGCGUGUCGUGUGGUCACCCUGAAUGCUGACUUCAUUCUUCUUACGCGACGGUUCAAUCACUUGGCCUGGAAAACUUAAUUUAGUGCAGUCGCGGUAAGACCGUUGCUAGUAGCGAGACUAUCUAUAGAUUCUUGUUCUUUGCUUUCGAUCUCGUCUAAACUGCCUUUUCUUCGAGUUGAAAAUUCCGACGCUUGAAGCUUGAUGAUUGAGGUGUCAUACUGCAUGUACCAUUACUACUAAUUACUGGCUGUACAACGCUCUUCAUUUUGCAGUAAUGCUGUAUCUGUAUUGAGCCCAAGGCACAUGCCUAUAUUAGUAGCGCAAAUACAACUCGCAGAUCCUGACCAAUUAAGGCUUGUAAAACGGGUACCUGUCUACAAGGGUACAAUCUCUUUCCAGCUCUUCAACUCCGUCCGAAUUGUCCGAUCCUCAUUUUUUUCUAUGGGUAUUUUGACCGUUUCGAUGGUGGGAUGAGUGAUGGGACAUGGGAACAUAGAACACGGAAGAAGGAGGUCCUUCGCAGCGGCGACCCGUAAUCAGGUCUGCCUACUACAAAAAGUUGGUGAUUUUUCGGGUAGAAAGAGCCGACAAAAAUAAGAGAGCAUAUAAUACGUACUAAAUAGUAGCAUCCUGGACCAUCAUCUUACUCUUCUAUUAUCACCCUAAGAGUCUGUGACUUUCAUUCAGUGUUCUUUGUUUUUUGACUCUACUGCCGCCAAACUUUCACCAUGGCGAAGGACCUGUUCUCGGUCACCAUCUUCUUCAUCGUCUUCCGUGAGACGGUCGAGGCGGCCAUCAUCGUUUCGGUUUUGCUGUCCUUCGUGGAACAGCUUAUGGCCUCUGGAGGCCCCAAGAAAGAUGAUGCCCAAGUUCAACAUCUUUCAGAGGAAGAGGAAAUAAAGAAAACGAAACGAAUCCUUCGGCGAAUGCGUAUUCAAAUUUGGGCGGGUACUUUGACUGGUUUCAUUAUUGCCGUUGCUGUCGGCGCUGCUUUUAUUGCUGUCUGGUAUACUACUCUGACAGACUUGUGGGCCAACACAGAAGAAUUAUGGGAGGGUAUUUUCAGUCUUAUUGCUUGCAUCAUCAUCUACGUCAUGGGUCUCACCUUUUUGAAGAUGGACCAAUCUCGUGUCAAAUGGCGUAUCAAGCUUUCCGAAGCUUUCGCUCACCGUGCCGGCAAGGCCCUCUUCAGUUUCGGCGGCAAUAAGGAAGAUGGCGAGCCUGACAGGCCACUCACCGAGGAGGAACUUGCCGAAGAGCAAGCCAUGAAGAAGAAGGCUCGAAGUGGAAAGUAUGCCAUCUUCUUCCUGCCUUUCAUCACUGUGAUACGAGAGGGUUUGGAGGCUAUUGUCUUCGUUGGUGGUGUUUCUUUGGGUCAAGAUGGUGCCUCUAUCCCUAUUGCUGCGAUCGUCGGUCUCAUCGCCGGUAUCUUCGUUGGUUGGUGUAUCUACCGCACUGGCUCUACUCUGGCCCUUCACUGGUUCUUGAUUGUUUCUACUUGCUUCUUGUUCCUCAUUGGUUCGGGAUUAUUCAGCAAAGGUGUUUACGAUUUCGAAUACUACCGAUUCUCUUCUGCUGUCGGUGGUGAUGUCGCUGAGUCCGGUAACGGCCCCGGUUCAUUCCAGGUUGCUGGUAACGUCUGGCAUCUUGAGUACGGAAAUCCCGAGCCGGGAGCUGUCGGCACCAACGGUGGUUGGCAGAUUUUCAAUGCCAUUUUGGGUUGGAACAACACUGCUUCUCUCGGAUCUAUCCUCUCUUACUGUUUCUAUUGGAUUGCGGUUAUCGUUGGUUUGGCUGUCAUGAAGUGGCACGAAGGUCGUUUUACAAUCUUUGGUCGAGGCUCUAAGGCCCAUGGCCGUAUCCAAGCAAGAGCUGAAAUAAAGAGGGCUGCCGAGGGUCAAGUUUCAGAAGGAUCUGAGAAGGACGAAGGCGCUUCUGAGGAGGGCACCGCUCGCGACACAACGCAUCUCAAUAAGAAUGGGGAUUCUCCUGAGGACUCUCUCACUCCCAUGAUUGAGAAUAGCCUUUGAUUUGGAAAUUAUGCUACAUUGCUUUCGUGAUGCACUUCGUAUAGAUAUGGUUUCGGUAUUAUAUUGGUGGGUUAUUGAUCGCAUGUAGCCUUAUGCGGAUCAUUUCCAUAUCUUCCCACUUUCUUUAAGGUCAUGAUGCUCAAUUUUGAGCACAUUCCUCUGUUGAUGUUUAUUACAACAAUAUCACUGGUGAUACAUACCGA